AUGGUCUUACAGCGAUUCUUCAAACUUGUGCAGAAGAUGAGCAAAAGAUUUGAGCUUGUGAGGAUCAUCAAAGCUGUUUUUAUUGGUGGCAUCAGAGCUGCUUUUCUUCUGACUCUUACUAUAAAGGAUAUUGCGGAGUUCGCUUGGCCCCCUAAACCUACUGACUGCGGACCAUACGAAUUUAUCAAGCAGUACCUGAAAGAUGUCAAAUUUGAAGAGGAUAGACCUGAGUUAGCAAAGAAAUUUCUAGAACAAGUCAAGAGCAGCUGGGGUUAUGAUGUCGACUGCCGUCCUCCUCGCUGGGUUCCCACUUCUCGUUUCCAACCAAUAGAGGACGUUGAAGAGAUGAUGUCGGAAUAUCCGAUUUAUAACAAGUCUCUGAACGCUGCAGCAAAUUCUAAGAUGGGCAAAAGAUUUGAGCUUGUGAGGAUCAUCAAAGCUGUUUUUAUUAGUUAUGGCAUGAAUUCUGUUCAUCUUCUGACUCUUACUAUAAAGGAUGUGGAGCUUGACAAUGAGAAAACUGUUCGAGCAAUGGUGUCCACGCCACCAGCCGAAACCGACCCGUGGGAAGCCUUCAAUCGUAAAAGAAGCGAGAAAUCGAAGCAGGCUGCCCAGGAUUUCCUCCAACAAGUCGAAAAAAAUCAGUACCUGAAAGAUAUCAAAUUUGAAGAGGAUAGACCUGAGUUAGCAAAGAAAUUUCUGGAACAAGUCAAGAGCAGCUGGGGUUAUGAUGUUGACUGCCGUCCUCCUCGUUGGGUUCCCCCUUCUCGUUUCCAACCAAUAGAUGACGUUGAAAAGAUGAUGUCGAAAUAUCCAUUUUAUAACAGGCCUCUGAGCUCUGCAGCAAAUUCUAAGAUGGGCAAAAGAUUUGAGCUUGUGAGGAUCAUCAAAGCUGUUUUUAUUAGUAGUGGCUGGAACUCUGUUCUUCUUCUGACUCUUACUAUAAAGGAUGUGGUGCUUGGCACUGAGAAAACUGUUCGAGCAAUGGUGUCCAUUCCACCAGCUAGGGAACCAAAACCUUUGGAGUGCAAGCUUAUUUCAUCCGACCCUGCUUGAUUGAUGUCAUAAUUUGCAAUUUAUUCUCUUCGUACUUUAUAUCCACUCAAUUGCCUUUGUGUCAGUCUAAUUCCCCAACUAAUGUUUGUGUAUUUAUUUCUUUCAAGACUGUUUUGAAGAAUUCUUGUUUGUGUAACAAUGGCCAAACCAUUUGUUGAUAUUAUGCAUCAACUAAAUCAGGUUGCUACUGAUAUGGUCCCCAUAUUUUACUUGUGAAACUGAUGGAAUCAUUAUCAGAAAUUUGGUACGUAUGAAAUGUUUGAAUUUCACCGAAAAUAGUAUGAGACUACUCAUGCCACCGACUAAAG